AUCUAUUAUUUGUUCGACCAAAUGAAUGAGAUCUCUGUAAAUCCACUCGCGUCGAGAUAACGCAUCACACUCGAGAACCUCUGAUCAGCGAUCGGCAGCUCCUCUUGACCAAGACCUCCUCUGGGUCCUCUCUCUCUUUCUCAAUGGCACACGAAAUUGAAGCCCUUUCAGAAUCCGAACGGACAAAGGAAAUUGAUGAGCCGCAGAAGAAGAAGAACAACAACAAAAUCACCUGCAGGUCCUCAGUCAACAGCCAGCUUAAAGAAAUAGAUCUUUUUCAGAUUUCUAAUGCUAUGGAUGGAGAUGUUAUUAUUCUCACUUUGACGCUUCCCAGAACAGUGCCAAGGACAGUCAGUUUCAGUGCAAAUAUCAAACUCCUUGUUGGAUUCUGCAUCUUUGUUUUAGAAAUCUUUUAUGGUUUAGUCCACAAUGAACCCAUGAACCAGGAGAAGAGGGCACUUUUGAACUUAAUGCUUUUUACUGGUUCCUUGAUCUUUAUUCUUUUGAUUGAGAUAUCACAACUUUUUUCCCAUAGACUAACACUAGAAGAACGGAGGCUCGUCCGCCUGGUUGGGUGGCUUCAAGAAGCCCUAAUUUGUAUAGUGUUUGUUACCAUAGUUUACUGGACACCGAUGGUACCACCAAUGACUAUUGCUACCUUGGAAAGGAGUCAGCUGUCUGCACGAGUCGAUGCAGCACCUGUCAAUGUAUGCUUUCGUGCAGCUCAAUCCCUUGCUUGUUCGCUAGUGCACUAUGGCUUUUCAGCCUCCGUUCUCUGGGAGAAAAAUGUUUGUUGGAUGCCUCAACAAUUAAGGGGGGCAUGGUAAAUCUUCUGUAUAGUUUCAUUCUUGAUGUGCAGUUGUGUGAUUAAAUUUUUUUAGCAGGCAAUUUUCUUGUAUACUUCUUGAGAUGCAAUUACUUAAUUCA